AUGGAGAACAAUGGUAUGAUUCAUGGAAAUCUUGAUCCUAGAGCCCAAGAAUUUAUACCAACAUAUCCAUUUAACAAUAAUUUUUUGCCUGUAUUUCCUAAUCAAUUUUACUACCCUUUUCCAUCUCCACCACCACCACCGUACGGUGAUGUUGCAUCAGUGCCGUUACUCCAGCCGGCGUAUGUUAGCGCUAACCCACCGGUGCCUACGCCUAUUUUACCACCACCAAGUUCAAUGUCUACAAGAACUUUAUUGUUAUGUAUGGUUCCGGUUGAUGUGAGUGAAUCUAUUAUCCGAAGGGAUUUAGAAGUAUUUGGGGAUGUAAGAGCUGUGCAAAUGGGAAGGGUAAGAGAAGGGAUUGUAACGGUUCAUUUCUAUGAUUUAAGGCAUGCGCAGACGGCGUUAAUGGAGAUUCAACAGCAGCACAUGCAGCAACAGAUGCGUUUAAGGAGGCAUUAUUAUGAGUUUAUUGAAAAUCAAAAUUCUCUUCCUCCAGUUCCACCACCGGCGGCGCGUGGACUCAUUGCUGGUAGAGCUGUUUGGGCUCAGUUCACUUUUCCGGUCACUUCUGCUCUUGUUGAUGGGAAUAAUCAAGGCACACUUGUUAUUUUCAAUUUGGCAUCUCAAACUUCUACUGAUUCUCUUAUUCAUAUAUUUCAAGCUUUUGGACAUGUGAAGGAAUUGAGAGAGACACCAAUGAAGAAGCAUCAAAGAUUUGUGGAGUUUUAUGAUGUUAGAGAUGCAUCAAGGGCGUUGAUAGAGAUGAAUGGGUAUGAUUUAAAUGGGCAGCAAUUGCUGAUUGAAUUCAGCAGGCCAGGUGGAAAUAACAGCAGACGCUUCUCAAAAGGUUUUCAAUAUUCUUCACCUACCAAAUUCAACAAUAACUUAUACUCUUCACCAAGAAUAGCGCCCGUAUACAACACUUCACAUUCCCAAAAUCAGAAAUCAAAUUAUGUUAAAGGAAACCCUAGUGGAUGUAGCGGAAGUGAGAGUUCAGGCACCGGUGGUUCAGUUCAAGAAUCAUUAGCUUCUUUGUGUAUAUCAAAUAGGAGUAAUAAUAAUGUUAGGGCUGGGAAGAAUAAGAAUGCCAAAAAAAGUAACACUAACAUUAGUGCAAGUAGUAGCAGUGUGACAAGUUGUUCUCCGAAACGUCCACAAAAAAUGUUGCAACAAGCAAAUAGCAGCAGUAGCAGUAGGCCAUGGAAGAUGAGCUGGUCAUCAAAGCAGGCAAAAGAUUAUGACCCUCGUUUUCUAAUUAAAGAAGAUGCCAUUAUGGAAUCAAAUUGCAGAGAUUCCAGAACUACUGUCAUGAUCAAAAACAUACCAAACAAGUACAGUCAGAAGCUGCUGCUGAACAUGCUGGACAACCACUGCAUUCACUGUAACGAGCGGAUUGCCGACGGCGAUGAUCAGCCAAAAUCCUCUUAUGAUUUCAUUUAUCUUCCCAUCGAUUUCAUUAACAAGUGCAACGUGGGAUAUGGAUUUGUGAACAUGACUUCACCGCAAGCAACGUUGAGACUGUACAAGGCUUUUCAUCUUCAAAAUUGGGAAGUUUUCAACUCCAGAAAAAUAUGCCAAGUUACUUAUGCUAGAUUACAGGGAAUUGAAGCAUUGAAAGAGCAUUUCAAAAACUCAAAAUUCCCAUGUGAAGCUGAAGAAUACAUGCCAGUGAUUUUCGCACCACCUCGUGAUGGGAAAUUAUUAACAGAGCCUAAUCCUAUUGUUGGACGUGGCAUAAUAAUUAACUCUUCAUCUUCCGCCGUCGCUUCCGAAGAAGAAGAAGAAGAAGAUAACGGUUAUAAUAUCAUCAUUAAUACAAGUAGUAAUGAUGAUGAUGAUGAAGAAACGGCAGCAGUAAGAAACGACGGCAGCAGUAGUAGUAGUAAUGGUGGUGAAAAUUACGAUGUGGGUAAUCAUGAUUCUGUCUACAUGUUGGCGUCUUCUGGUAAUUAA